GAACUGUUCUGUGAACUAUGACCAAUGACUUUAUUUGAAUUUCGUGAGAAACAUCGUACGUCUUGUAUGAUUCCCAUCGAUUUGUGUGUAAACGAGUUCGACGUUGAGCCUGUUUCUGUAUAAUCUUAAGCAUGUCCGCGACAAAGCAGCAGCAAAAUGUGGAACACAAGGAGAAAAAGAGGAAAGAGAGCAUCCUCGACCUCUCCAAGUAUCUCGAGAAGAAUAUCAGGGUAAAGUUCGCUGGAGGUAGGGAAGCCGAAGGUAUACUCAAAGGUUACGAUCCACUGCUCAACCUGGUGCUGGACAAUACAAAGGAGUACCUUCGAGAUCCGGACGAUCCGUAUAAAUUAAAUCAGGACACUCGUAUGUUGGGCUUAGUAGUGUGUCGAGGAACAGCCGUAGUCCUCAUCUGUCCUGUGGAUGGUAUGGAAGCUAUACCAAAUCCAUUUAUACAGCAGGAAGGGUAAAGAGGAGCUUUCUUCUUUUGUGUGAUUAACAAAUCAAUCUUUCCUGAGAAAGAAAACUCUCAGCUGUGAGCGCAUUUUCUAUUUCUUGGUUUCUAAUGAAAAAGAUGUAAUUUAUUUUAUGAACGUUGCAUUUUGUAUAUAUCUAAGAAACUUGUACAUGUACGUAGACGUGUGUAUAAAUUUAUAGAAAAUAAAUGCAAUUUUUUCACAAA